AGCAACCUUUGGCCAUGUGGCUCUUCCUGGCAGCUGCGCUGGGCCUCUAUCUCCUGUUCAGAUGGUACCGUGACAAGCAGAGCUUAAGCAACUUGACAGAGAAGUACGUCUUCAUAACGGGCUGCGACUCUGGGUUUGGGAACCUGCUGGCCAGACAGCUGGACGCUCGGGGUCUUCAUGUGUUGGCAGCUUGCUUCACGCCUCAGGGAGCAGAGGAGCUACAGGAGCAUGCCUCGGGACGACUGCAAACCACCCUCUUGGACGUCUGCAGCACUGAAAGCGUGGCCCGUGCCACCGAAUGGGUAAAAAGCCAGGUUGGAGACAAAGGGCUCUGGGGGUUGGUGAACAAUGCAGGCGUCUCUGUCCCAAGUGCUUUCAGCAUGUGGCUGACCAAGGAAGAUUUCAAGAAGAUCAUGGAUGUCAACUUUCUUGGGGUGGUGGAUGUGACGAUACAGAUGAUGCCUCUGUUAAGAAAAGCCAGAGGGAGGGUGAUCAACAUAUCCAGCAUCUUGGGGCGGAUCUCCCUCUUCGGAGGUGGCUAUUGCCCUUCAAAAUACGCAGUCGAGGCUUUCUCCGACAAUAUCAGACGUGAGAGUUCUAUCUUUGGGAUGAAGGUAUCCAUGGUAGAGCCAGGCUUCUUCAAAACUGCUAUGACCGAUGGAAAUACCUUAGCCGACAGCUUCAAGCGCAGCUGGGACCAGCUCCCAGAUGAAGUCAAGAGAGCAUACGGGGAGCCUUUCUUACAAGAAAGUCUUAAACUAAUCGCCAAGGUCACAGGCAUCUGCAGUCCCAGCCUCUCGCUGGUGACCAACUGCAUUGAGCACGCUCUGACGGCGGUUCACCCUCGCACCCGCUACUCAGCUGGCUGGGACGCCAAGCUCUACUACAUCCCUCUGAGCUAUAUGCCGACAUGGGUGCAAGACUACGUGUUCACCCAGCCUUACUCAAAACCAGCGCAGAACAAGUAG